AUGAUGAAUGUUAAAAUCAGCGGAGCAGGAGAAGAGAUAUGUGAGAAGGAUUACUCGAUCCUGUUCUUUGAUAGUCCCUUUGCACAAACAACCGAUAAGGUGAAUAAUCAAGAGGAAUUAAGCAAACAGAAAAUCUAUUCAGCAAGGCUGUCACGCCACAGAAUAGCUGCACCUAUAUUAAGGAUGCGGGUACGUUACGAGCAACUUCCCAACUCUAAAGGAAAUCAAAAUGGCUCAUCACUCAAAGCUGCUGUGGCUGCAUUGUUGCUGUUUGUAAUUGUAUCAACGUCCUUUGUACUUUAUCAAGAUGCGCAGAACAUGCGGAACGCACCACGAAGCACUCCUAUCAUCGUCGCCUGGACAAAGUUCUUCUCGGCAAACUUGAAAGAUUCUCUACUGCCAUCGUUACGGAACUGUAAUUACCGAUGCGAUUUCGUCGACAGAAAGGAGCUCAAAAUUUUAAACAAGAGUGCAGCCGCUUAUAUCUUGCAUGGACGCGACAUGAGACUCACCGACCUUCCGAAACAAAGUGCAGACCAUCUUAACGUCCUUUUUCUAUUGGAGUCACCUUUUCACACUGGAUCUGAGAUGUAUCGAGUGCCUCGUGAUUAUUUCAAUGCUACUAUGACGUACAGACUAGACUCAAACUACUUCUAUCCAUAUGGUCACUUUCAACCACGGACACCAAAUGAUACUGUCGGUAUAAUAACAAAUGAGGAGAUUGUUGCUGCAGUCAGACGCAAGAAAAAAGGAUCUCUGAUUUUUGUCUCAAAUUGUCAUACACCCUCCAAGCGUGAAAAAACCAUCAGGCAGCUGGGCAAGCUUACUGAAAUUACUGUCAGAGGGAGGUGUGAAAAUGAACUAUCGGUUGACAACAAAACCAAGAGCAUUUCCUGCAAAACAGAUUGCAGUGACGACGCCUUGAUAGCCACGCACCGAUUUUAUAUCUCAUUUGAGAACAGCAACUGCAAUGAUUACAUUACGGAGAAAUAUUUCAAUCGAAUCUCCGAAUUACUCGUACCUGUUGUGAUGAAAAGACGGAUAUAUGAAGCAGCAGGCCUUCCAAAACAUUCCUUCAUAGCCGUAGAUGACUUCAAUUCUCUUGAGGACUUAGGAAUCUAUCUAAACUUUCUGCGUAAAAACGAUACAGAGUAUCUUAGGUAUUUCGAAUGGACAAAGCACUUUCGAAAACCUAACACCUAUGUGAGCAAUGCGCUCUGCAAGCUUUGCGAAGAUAUAUACAAAGGAAAAAAGCUGAGAGUAAACAACAUCAGGGAUUACUAUGAAAAAAAUCAGUGCUUUUAAGAAAAAACUACACAAAUUCUUUUGUCUAUUUUUGUCAUAGAACUUACCGAUGUUAUAAUGCG